GAUGUGGGUGAAGCAGCUCAGACGGAACUUCUCGGUGACAGUUCCGCGGAAGUGCGGCCGGUGUGGGGACCAGGUUGUUGGGCUCGGUUACCGUCAGAAAGCUGCAGCAUGUCUCACCUGCGACCCCGGCUGUGUGUUCUGGAGAAAGGAACCCAAGGUUACGGGUUCCACCUGCACGGUGACAAGAACCGGGCCGGGCAGUUCAUCCGGCUGGUGGAGGACGAGUCUCCCGCCGCCGUGGCCGGGCUCCUCGCGGGGGAUCGGAUCAUGUUCGUGAACGGGGAGAACGUGGAGGGCGAGAGCCACCAGCAGGUGGUCGCGAGGAUCCGGGCCACCACCGGAGCUCUGGAGCUGAUCGUUGUGGACCCGGAAACGGCGGAGAUGCUGAAGAAACACGACUUGCAGUGCCGGAAGGAGUUUGUCACGGAGGGAGUCCCCCUUCCCGCCGCUGGGAACGGAGACUCGGACUCAAACAGCACCGGGACUCCCAGGGAAGCCAGCCCGGUCCCGGAGGAGAACGGGGACCGAUCCCCGGGAAGGGGGAGGGGGCUGAGUGGCAGCUCCGGGUCAAAGGCGGAAAGCACGGGGGCACGACCUCGCCUCUGCCACAUGCAGAAAGGCACCAGCGGCUAUGGCUUCAACCUGCACAGUGAGAAGUCCAAACCGGGCCAGUUCAUUCGGGCCGUAGACGCAGGCUCUCCAGCUGAGCUCGCCGGACUCCGACCGCAGGACAAGAUCAUCCAGGUCAACGGUGUGCCGGUGGCGGGGAUGCAGCAUUCUGAGGUGGUGACGGCCAUCAAAGCUGGCGGAGAUGAGACCAGGCUGCUGGUCAUCGAUGCCGACACCGAGGAGUUUUUCAAGAGGUGCAACGUCCUGCCCACCGAGGAGCAUGUCGCCGGUCCUCUUCCUGAGCCUGCACCAGAGGGAGCUGCAGAUGAGACGGACGCAGCCCAGCUGAAGCCUAAAGUCUCAGUGAGUUCAUCCUCUUCUGACUCAUCUAAUGCCUCCAUGCCAGCAGAAGCUCACAGCUCUCCUCCUCAUCCACAGGUGGAGCCAGCCACCGCUUCAGACAGCUUGGGUCUGAGCAUGUCGCUGGCCCAAGCCAAGGAGCGAGCCCAUCAGAAGCGAGCUGCUAAGAAAGCGCCCCCCAUGGACUGGAGCAAGAGGAACGAACUGUUUGGCAACUUAUAGAAGUCCAGCAUCAACCUGCUGCUGCCCCCUGCUGGAGGACCCAGAACCUUGCUGGUCCCACAGGGCGUUCUAGGCCCAUGUCUAACAGUAUUAUCAGAUCAUUCUGUUGUUUUAAUUCUCCUCCUCCCUUCCUGAUUAAUGACUGCUGGAAAGCCAGCUUCCUGUUCAUGCAGGAAUUCCAGGUAUUUUCUGAUUAAAUCAUCUGAAGUGGAACAUUUAGAAACUAAGUCUGAUAAGUAGAAAAGAUCCAUGGCGUGUGGGAUGGCCUGAUGUCCUCCCGGCUCUGAUUCCAACACACCUGAUUGUUCCUGUUGCUUUUGGUGAAUCUGUACAUAAACGCUGUUUUAGACUAAAUGAGAAGAACCUGGAUCUACUGGAUUCUGUCGAUUCUGUUUGAUUUUUUAAAGCUUUCCCAGUUGGUCCACACCGGAUUUCCAGAGUCUGGUUUGUAAUUCUGUCGUUUUGAGCCUGUUGUAGCCAAAUACAGAGUUUGGACCAAACAGAA